AUGAGAACCCAUAAAUACACACUGGCAAUGCUUCAGAACCAGCAGAAUGCAAUAAUAACCAGAAGACUUGAUGAAAUUCCAAUAAGAAUUAAAGAAAUGUGGGUUCAUACUGUUUCAAACUUUGUAUGGCACCAUCCAUUGAUAAAUGUUCACAAUAUUAUAAUGAUUAACAUUCUUCAUCAAUUACUUAAAGAGCUAGUGAAUCAUUUGAUUGACUGGUUGAAGGCUUUAAUCAAGAAUGUCUUCAAAGCAACUUAUCAAGAGAAGAAAGACUCUGAUCCCAUCAUUACUAUAUCAGUAUUAUGA